AGAGGGCGAUCAGCUUCAACGUUUUCAGCUAUUAACGUCUGCGUAUUCAGCUAUCUGUUGCAGCGUCUUUGGCUAUCAAUUUCAGCAGGUAAUGCUACACCCCUGCUCUAGACCUCCUCAUCCUCGGAGUCCACAUCACAGCAGACCUCUCAUGGACUGUGAACACGACGGCAGUAGUAAAGAAGGCUCAGCAGCGAGUUCACUUCUUUCUUUAGGGUACUGAAAAGUAAGAACCUGAGCAUCCAGCUGCUGGAGACCUUCUACCGCUCUAGUACUCUAGAUGCACAGAGGAAGAGAAUAAGAGGGUUGUUAGGUCAGCAGAAAAAAAUCAUUGGCCACUUGCUGCCCCCUUUUCCCGACAUCUACCACUCCUGCUGCCUAAAUAAAACUCGUAUCAACGCCAAAGACAGAUGCCAGCCCGGACACCACCUCUUAGACCUGUCCCUGUCCUCUGGGAGGCGAUACAGGGAUCAGCACUUUAUCCAUUUCUGUUUUAUAAAUUUUGUUGCAUUCUUUUUAGACUGCUAUUUUCUUUUAUUUGUACUGUUUUUCUUUCUUUUUUUUGUAUUCUUUGCACAAGGGAGCUUAUUUUUCAGUCUCUAUUCAAGUAUUUCACAAACAAUUAAGGGAUACUUGUCAACAAGAUCAGUGUCAAUGAGACAAAGGCAGGAGAAUUUUGUUUGAACAAUGACAAUAAAGCUACAUUAAAUGAUAAUUCCAAGUAAUUUUUUACAAUUUUUUAACUAAUAUACACUACACUACACAACACUAUUUUUUUAAUUCUUAUUCUAACUUCUGUAGAGAUGGUGGACUUAUUCAAAAGAAAAUGGUAAGUUAAAAAAAAAUGUUUUCAGUUUAUAUAAUUUCAACUCAUUAAAGGCCAAAAAAUGAAGUGAUUUAUCAGUAAACUAACUUUGCUAAUAAGUAAGUGUAAAAUCAGGUAUUUAAAACGAAGUGCUGCUUUUUUAUUUUUUGUCCACACGAGGGCGCCCUUCCCCCUGGAGUCAAGAUUGAACCCACUGAGUUUCAUGAAGCUCAAGAAGAGUCAAAACUGGGUUUAUAUAUUUUAUAGAGUGUCAUCUUUUUCUUAAAGUAAAUAGUUUUCCAUUGAAAGCUUUCUUUUAGCGCUUACUUUGUAGUUUCUAUUACAUUCUUUUUAACUAAGCAUGAGUGAUGGAGCAUGAUCAACUGCUUCAAAAUAAAGCUGCAAAUCACCCCCUUUUGCUCUCUUCAAAUCAGACGUGAGCACAGACUCGUGAACUGUUGUCUGAACGUGUGCGCGCAUCGGGGGCACCAAUCCUGUUGGAGAGGAAGCUGGCAGAACACCGAGACUGUUCUGCACUCUGUGCUCUGACCAGAGCCUUUCUCUCUGCAAGAACUGUGCGCUCUCCGUCUGCGCAGACCUGCAUCUCAUUACGGUCAUUUGAACUUCCUCUAAACUCUGCUGGGAGGAUGAGCGCAGAAGCCACGGCUGCUUCCCUAGAUGCAGGACAGCAGCAAGGCAACAAAACAGCCUAGAGUCGGGGGACGUGGAUGAUAAACUGAUGUGCGUCCUUCCAGAACCAUGUCCAUCGAUCUGACACGUGCAGGUGAUCCGGAUCCUCUUAAAGCUGUGCGUAGAAGUUCCAGUUUCUGACAGGAGCAACAGCAUCUUUGGACGAGAAAACGAAACUUUUUGCUGCAGGAAUGGAUGGACUGUCAAAGAGAUGAUUUCAGGAGAAACAAUCAGCUGCAGUGAGGAAGAUCUGGAAACCAAAAGCAUCUGGCUGACCUGAAGAUCUAUGGAAUAAUGGGAAGUAUCAACCGGAGACUUUCUCUAUUCAACAAGGAACUGUGACCCAGGAAAUCCCCGGUUGUGCUCACAGGAGGGGCCACAUGCUGUUGUCAUCUUGGCGUUGGAGAUCAAAAGAAUACAUGGUUUGGAACGUCUUGAAUCUACCAGCUUUUGUUGAAGUUCUCCACUGACUGCAGCUUAGCUUAUGGCAUUAACAUGGGCCGUCUGAAAUGCCCCACUCUUUCUGGAUGUUACUUUUUAUCCCUUUUUCUACUGAUGAGAUGCUGGCUACUGUGUUCUGGCUCAACUAAGCCUGUUGUAUUGACACACUCCCUGCAACAGGAGUACGCCCACUCCAUACGCCUUGAUGGUGACAUUAUCCUGGGUGGCUUGUUCCCCGUGCAUGCCCGUGGAGAGAUGGGCGCCCCCUGCGGGGAGCUGAAGAAAGAGAAAGGCAUCCACCGGCUGGAAGCUAUGCUGUUUGCCAUAGACCUUAUCAACAAGGAUCCAGAGCUGCUGCCCAAUGUGACUCUUGGGGCACGCAUCCUGGACACAUGCUCACGGGACACCUACACCUUGGAGCAAUCGCUCACCUUUGUCCAGGCGCUCAUAGAGAAGGACAGCUCUAGCGCCCGUUGUGCAAAUGGAGAACCGCCCAUCUUUGCCAAGCCAGACAAAGUGGUGGGUGUCAUUGGGGCAUCAGCCAGCUCCGUAUCCAUUAUGGUUGCCAACAUCCUGCGACUGUUUAAGAUACCUCAGAUCAGUUACGCUUCAACUGCCCCAGAACUAAGUGACAAGACUCGGUACGACUUCUUCUCCCGUGUGGUUCCGCCAGACUCCUACCAGGCUCAGGCCAUGCUGGACAUUGUCACCGCUUUGGGCUGGAACUACGUGUCCACGCUGGCUUCUGAGGGGAACUACGGCGAGAGCGGAGUUGAGGCCUUCGUCCAGAUCUCCAGAGAGUCUGGUUGGGUGUGCAUUGCUCAGUCUCUAAAGAUUCCUCGGGAGCCGAGACCUCAAGAAUUUGACAAGAUCAUCUUCCGUCUGCUGGAGACGCCCAAUGCUCGAGCUGUUAUUAUGUUUACCAAUGAGGACGAUAUCAGGCGAAUUCUGGACGCUGCCAAGCGGAACAACCUAACAGGUCACUUCUUAUGGGUGGGCUCCGACAGCUGGGGCUCUAAAAUCUCUCCAGUCCUUCAGCAGGAGCAAGUUGCCGAAGGUGCCAUAACCAUUCUACCAAGAAGGACUUCAGUGGAUGCAUUUGAUCGUCAUUUCAAGAGUCGCUCUCUGUCAAACAACCGCAGGAACAUCUGGUUUGCUGAGUUUUGGGAGGAAAAUUUUGGCUGCAAGCUGGGAAUGCAUGGCAAAAAACCUGGUGGUCCUAAAAAAUGUACAGGGUUGGAGAAAAUUGGCCGUGACUCAAUCUAUGAGCAAGAAGGUAAAGUGCAGUUUGUCAUGGACGCCGUCUAUGCGAUGGCCCACGCUCUGCACCAUAUGCACCGGGAGCUCUGCAGCGGAUAUCCUGGCUUGUGUCCACGCAUGACCAACAUUGAUGGGAAGGAGCUCUUGGCUCACAUUCAUGCUGUCACUUUUAAUGGAAGUGCAGGGACUCCUGUGAGCUUCAAUGAGAAUGGCGAUGCCCCUGGACGCUAUGACAUCUUCCAGUAUCAGAUCAACAACAGCUCCUCAGGAGAAUACAGGGUCAUUGGACACUGGACCGACCAACUUCAUCUGAAUAUGGAGGCCCUGCAGUGGGUUACAAGUGAUUCCUCCCGACCAUCUUCAGUAUGUAGCAUCCCCUGCAGCUCUGGAGAGAGGAAGAAAGUGGUGAAGGGCGUGCCGUGCUGCUGGCACUGUGAGCGCUGCGAGGGAUACCAUUUCCAAGCCAGCGAGUUCACCUGUGAGCUCUGCCCUUACGAAAAGAGACCCAUUCAAAACCGCACUAUGUGCCAGCCUAUCCCUAUCAUUAAGCUGGAGUGGCAUUCACCAUGGGCAGUAGUGCCAAUCUUAAUUUCUGUCCUUGGAAUAAUUGCUACAACUUUUGCGAUUGUCACUUUUGUCCGCUACAACGACACACCCAUUGUGCGUGCCUCAGGUCGAGAGAUGAGCUAUGUUUUACUAACAGGUAUCUUCCUGUGUUACAUUAUUACCUUUCCUAUGAUCGCUGCUCCUGAUGUUGUGGUCUGCUCCUUUCGACGCAUGUUUCUGGGCCUUGGCAUGUGCUUCAGCUAUGCUGCUCUCUUAACCAAGACCAACCGCAUCCACCGCAUCUUCAGACAAGGAAAGAAAGCUGUCACAGCACCUCGCUUCAUCUCACCAGCCUCUCAAAUGGUCAUUACCUUCUCACUUAUCUCAGUUCAGCUGCUGGGUGUCCUUGUGUGGUUUGGUGCGGAUCCACCACACACCUUUGUGGACUAUGGCGAGCAACGGACUCAAAACCCUGAAAAUGCUCGUGGUAUCCUCAAAUGCGACAUCUCUGACCUGUCACUCAUCUGUUCCUUGGGCUACAGCAUCCUUUUAAUGGUCACAUGCACUGUUUAUGCCAUCAAGACACGCAGUGUACCAGAAACUUUCAAUGAGGCUAAACCUAUUGGUUUCACAAUGUACACCACAUGCAUCAUCUGGCUUGCUUUUAUCCCCAUCUUCUUUGGCACUGCACAAUCAGAAGAAAGGAUUUACAUCCAGACAGCAACCUUAACCAUCUCCCUUAGUCUCAGUGCAUCAGUUUCUUUGGGAAUGCUCUACAUGCCUAAAGUCUACACCAUUAUCUUCCACCCUGAGCAAAACGUUCCAAAACGCAAGCGUAGCUUCAAAGCCAUCGUCACUGCUGCCACCUUGACCACCAAACUGUCACACCUGGCAGCAGAGCGGCCUAACGGUGAAGUGAAGACAGAACUGAGCCAGGGGGUGGAGCCUAGUUUGUCAACACCCAAAACCACCUACGUCAGCUACAACAACCACGCCAUAUGAGGAGAACAUUCAUAGACUUAUCAACCAGACUUCCAUCGGAGUCCAGUGGAUCCCAACACCAUCUAACAAGCAAAGUUGAUGUUCUUAGGACUUUGAAGCAUUUUGAAUACUUAUGAAAGACUGAGAAACUAAAGCACUUUUGUGUAUGUUGUUUAACGUUUACAGGCAACAGGAAAUGGCUGUCAGGAAAUAAAUAUUGGAGAGACAGUCAGCAAGCAAACAAACAAAAACAUUUUAAAGUAUUCAAAAUUUUAAGUUAUGGGGUUCAGAAAUAUUUUAGAUUUUCUAGCUGUUUUGGUUUUUGCUGUAAGGUUGUUGUGAAAUGUUUUAUCCAUAUCAUCUAUUUGUUAAGAGAAAUUUGAAAGUUAUGGUUCAAUUGAAGCAUGCCUUUUUUUAUACAAUUAACUUAUUUGUAAUAAAUGAAUUAUUCACUAAUCUGUGUUUGACUGACCAGAGAUUUUUAAAGAAAAGCUUCAAAUACACCUAAACUCAGCCUAAUUUGAUUCUAAUUCAAAGACAU